GCACCCAUAAUUACUGGUCAUGGGUAAAGUUGAUGACUUCCAGGAGUUGACCAAAAGUGGAUCCCACUCACGUGUUUUUUUUAUUAUGUAGAUGUGGUUCUACGGCUUGCUAUUCGUGAUUAUCGUGAUUGCAGCUCUAUGCUCACUGUCGGCCAUGUACAAGCUUGCGAUGGAGCAACACCGAAUUUCCCAGAAAAUCAAAACCUUGAGGGAACCGGUGGCAAGCGAACCGUCACCGAAUCGUCUGGCUCUGGAGAAGGAAGAGCAGCCACUCUCGCUGGACGAAGAAGACCAGCAAAUGUCUCGUCGGGUUGAAAAACGACAUUCAACUACGUUUACCAAGGUAGUCCUCCGCUGUAUUGUCUAUCCUCUUGGUAAGUGAGAAUCAAACGAACCUCAAAAGAACUCCUCAUUUAUUGUCCAUGCAACUUGAUAUGCUGACUCGUAUGAAUAUGAUUAGUACCGGUUAUUGUGAAUAUUCUUGGAUUUAUCACGCAAAUGGUGAUCAGUAUGCCCAAAGCAAAUCCUUCUUAUGUGCUGGCCAUGCUCGAUAUUGUCUUUUCCAAUCUCGAAGGUACCAUUUUUUCAAGCGGAAUCAUUAUUCGUGGCUUGUAUCUGACUCGUCUUCUUACCUCCUAUUUUUGUUCUCCUCCCGUGCAGGCUUUCUUACCGCUAUUGUUUUCUUUACGGAUCCCGCCAUCAGAACGUACAUGACCGAAGAGCUGAAUGAUUGGCGCAGUCAAUAUUUCAACAAAUACAGCCGUAUUGAAACGUAUGAAGAAGGACAAGGCAUUCGAUUUUCAUUGACGGAAGGCGCAAGUUCACUGGUUUCAGCGAAAUCCACUAAAAAGCAGGGCCACGCACCAGUGUCAUGCAAACAUCACUUCAUUGCCAUGUAUCGCAUGAAUAUACCCUCUGCAUCAUACAGCCGUCUGUGCCGGAAUCCAAAACACCUUGUAAUCAGUACAGCAUCAUGCGACGAUGGCUGGUCCAAAACGGUGAUUUGUCACAUGCGUACCAAAGAGUGCAAUCGCACAUUCUGCUUCUCGGACGACAUUACCGACGAGAUUUAUAUACCCUAUCGCUUUCCUCGUCUGGUCCACUUUGUCCGCUCCGCCUGUAAAUGCCUUCGAUUGGCGCCCUCCAAACCUAUCGAACCAUCGACGCCCAUAUCUUAUUACGCGCAAACCAAAUCCUUUGACGAUAACAGCUGGACUGUAUCUUCAAAUAACUCUUGUGAGUCGCGUCACCCUUCCGAGUUGUAAAAUCCAUAGCUUCCUUAUUUGUGUAAAUUUCUCUCUAAAUACAUUACUUCUCAUGAAAAUAUCAUGUCGUUGACUGCUUAAUCGCUAAUAUCAAAUAUUUGAUACAAGACCGACAAGACUAUUGUUUGCAAACGCUUGGUUUUUCAUUGUUCAAAGGGGGAGGGGACAUUCG